GAUAGCCUUGCCGAUGCCCACCCAACACCGGCGCAUCCAAUUUAUUCCGACGCGCAUCCUUCUCUUUGUCAUGAACCCUUAACACUUCUGCCGAACGCCUUAACGCCUUGACGCUGCGAACUCUGCAUGUAUCCGUGCUUCUUCGGUGGUAACAGGCCAUAAAGCCAGACAAUAUGGCUUCAAACAAUCAUCCACAGGCCUCCAUACAGAACGGAUCCUCGAGACUCAAUUUGAACCCAGCUCUCCUACUUAACCCCAAAGGCUAUGCAGCCCCGUCUCCAUCUCUACGUCAAAAUGUCCCCAAUCGGACUUUUAGCGGCUCGACAAACCCGACCGACGUUGAGUUUCAGUUCUCCAACCCGCAAGAUGGCUUUGCCAACACUAGCCAAUAUACGUACACAAAUGGACAAGCCUUACCUCAGUCGCACGAUUUUGACGGUAUGCUUGAUCGAAUAAACAAUGUCGAACAACGUACGUUUGCGCCUCAGUCCAAACGCCGAAGACUCGAAUCCGAAGAGAGUACCAACCCAAUGCACGGAUUUGGAAGUGGCGGUGGCGGCGAUAUUGGACAGUAUAUUCAGGAGAACCGACAAACGGCAGCCAACCACCAGCUCCCAUCUAAUCGCGUCGAGACCGUAGACCUUACCGAUGCCAACGAAGAGAACGAUCUGAUAAUAGUACAGUCUGCCAAGGAAGAGGAAGUCUGCUACGGCAUGAUUCUACACGCAAGGCUGAAUUGUCACGUUGUUCCAAGGCCAAAGUCCGGCGCUAUCUCCCUUAUGCCAACCUACUGGCCUCAAGUAAAGAUCUUGCUCAAAAGAAAAUUAGGUGAGGCAACUAAUACGAUUCACGGCUGUGAUUAUACGCGCCAAAUUGUUGGAACCGUCGACUCUGUCACCUCGUCCGGCCUCGCGGCACUACUGGAUUCUCGCCUGGAGCUUAGGACCGACUGCAGAAUACCUACAAGAAUGAAGCAGAUGGGAGAAGAGGAAGGACGGGCUACGUCGAUAAGUUACACUCUAGAUCUAAUGCUUUAUGGCCCUCGCAAGAGCGGAAAAACUGUAGCUAGACAUCUCGCCCAGAGGAACAUCUGGCUCCGUAACCCCCCGAGAGUCGAACCUGGUAUCAAAUAUGAGAACCCGCAGCUUAUCGCCGAGGGAUCCAGGCCGCCGUCGGUGCUUAAGGAGCCCCCCAGGCCCGUUCCCAUGGCUGUAGCACCCUCGGCAGUUCGUAAUGUCGAGGAAAUCCGCUCUGAGGUUAUGGGAGUAUUCGACUCGCUUACUAAGAGUGAGGAACUUCCCGAGAUGGAGCCCGGUCCCCGAGUGCAGACGGAACUUCUCAAGCAUCAAAAACAGGGGCUUUACUUCAUGACAACCAAGGAAAAGCCCCGCCAGUUCGGCAACGAUGGCAAGAUUGCAGAUUCUUUUUGGCAAAUUCGUCACGGAAAUAAUGGUCAAAAAAUAUACUACAACGUGAUUACAGGACAUUCACAACGUGAACCUCCCCCGGAAACACUCGGUGGCAUUCUUGCGGAUAUGAUGGGUCUCGGGAAGACCCUGAGCAUUUUAUCUCUCGUCGCAAGUUCUCUCGAUCAAGCUGAACAGUGGUCAGCUCUCUCACCUGUCCAACCUCAGGUUCCUCCUAUGCCUAAGAAGAAGGCUAGUUCUUCAGGGCAAUUUGAUGUGCCCACACCCCAACCACUAGCCUUAACCGAACUGACGCAGAACGGCAAAGCAACACUCCUAAUCUGCCCUCUUAGCACGGUAGCCAACUGGGAAGAACAAAUCAAAGCUCACAUCAAGCCCGGCCAGCUGUCGUAUUACAUCUACCAUGGGUCUAAUCGUAUCAAAGAUCCCAAGAUUCUUGCCAAAUUCGACCUUGUUCUAACCACCUAUGGAUCCGUUGCCAGUGAGGUGCAAGCACGUAACAAAGGCAGACCCAGCCCAUGUCCCCUCGAAGAGGUUGGGUGGUUUCGUGUAGUCCUCGACGAGGCUCAUAUGAUACGGGAGCAGAACACUUUACAAUUUAAAGCCAUAUGUCGUCUACAGGCCAAUCGCCGCUGGGCCGUUACUGGUACUCCCGUUCAAAACAAGUUAGACGAUCUUGCGGCAUUACUCGCCUUCCUGCGCCUGAAGCCGUUUGAUGACAGGACCAAGUUCACGCAGUAUAUCACAGCUCCGUUCAAAGUCUGUGAUCCCGAGAUCGUGCCUAAACUUCGAGUUCUAGUAGACAGUGUUACCCUUCGACGAUUGAAGGAUAAGAUUGAUCUUCCUCCCAGAAAGGAUGAGAUAGUGAGGCUGGAUUUCUCUCCUUCUGAACGCAAACUCUACCAGUCGUUUGAGAAGAAUGCGCAAGAAAAGGUCCAGGUCUUUGCACAAGGCAGAGAGAAGAUGGUUGGCGGUAGGACUUAUAUUCAUAUUCUCCAAUCUAUUCUCAGGUUGCGUCUCAUCUCUGCUCAUGGCAAAGAUCUCCUCAGCGACGAGGAUUUGGAGGCGGUGCAGGGCAUGACAGAAGAUUCCGCCAUCAACCUUGAUACCGACGAGGAUGAUGAGAAACCGGAAGUGGCAGAAGCAAAGGCUUACAGGGUUUUUGCGCUAAUGCAGGAGACCAACAAUGAUGUCUGUCUAUCCUGCUCACGCAAGGUCAGCUCCAACGACAAUGCAGAUAUUGCAUCAGAGCGUGAAGAGGAUAUCAUUGGAUACAUGACUGCCUGUUUUCACCUUCUCUGUCCCAAUUGCAUCAAGAAUUGGGUAGAGGAAGUAGGGAACCAUGGAUCGGGCACAUGUCCUGUCUGUCAAAUUCACGUUCGCUUCUCCCAUAACGAAAUCCGUAGAAGCAAGACGGAGGUCGAGCACGAAGGACAUGAUCAUGCUCAUAAAUCCGAGGGCAAAAGCCGAACUAGAGAAAGUUAUUCCGAUUACUCCGGUCCCCACACGAAGACCCGUGCUCUAGUUGAGGAGCUGCUCAAGUCCAAAGCCGAUAGCGAAGCUGAACCCGAUGAGCUUCCUUACAAAUCAGUAGUAUUCUCUGCGUGGACGUCUCAUCUUGACUUAAUCCAAAUCGCACUAGACGAUGUGGGUAUUAAAUACGUUCGCCUUGACGGGAAGAUGAGUCGAACGGCUAGAACGGCUGCGAUGACGGAUUUUCGGGAAGAUAGGUCAGUGCACGUCAUACUGGUGUCGCUCAUGGCCGGUGGUCUAGGCCUCAAUCUCACGGCAGGAAAUUCUGUCUACGUAAUGGAGCCACAGUACAAUCCAGCGGCAGAAGCACAAGCUGUCGAUCGCGUGCAUCGACUCGGACAAAGGAGACCCGUUCGCACUGUUAGAUUUAUCAUGCAAGGUAGCAUCGAAGAGAAGAUGCUGGAGCUCCAAGAGAAAAAGAAGAAGCUCGCAAGUCUCAGCAUGGAUAGAAACCGGGUUAUGGAUAAGUCAGAAGCGGCGAAGCAAAAGCUCAUGGACCUGCGCAGUCUCUUUAAAUGAGCGCCGCGUUCUUACAGCGCCCCUACGCCUAAUAAUUAUCGACAGGUUCUUCAUCACGGCGUUUCGGUCUGCGAGCAAGAAGGUAAAGGGAGGAUAAUGAUUUUAUGUUGCAUUUGCGUGGGCGUUACGGUUGCAUUUCUGAUGCCUAAAUACACUUGCUGGCGAGCAGGUCAUCGGCGUUCCUAUAUCCAUGGGGUUAGAGGAUUAGUCUUCACACCUGGAUACAAAGACGAGAAAUCUCGCGAGACGGCAUAACGGACAGGAUAGGGAGGGGUUC